AUGUCCAAGUUGUACAUCGGAAAUUUGAGCUUCAAGGUCGAUGACGACGCGUUGUACAAUGCAUUCCAUCCGCAUGGUCAAAUUGUCGAUCAUAUCGUGAUGAAAGAUCGCGAAACUCAACGCUCUCGUGGCUUUGGCUUCGUGACUUAUAGCACGGAAGACGAAGCCAAUGCUGCUCUUACUCAAAUGGAUGGCCAGGACUUGAUGGGUCGUUCUAUCCGUGUCAGUCUUGCCAACGGAAAACCUUCGGGCGGAGGAGGAGGUGGCCGUGGAGGCUAUGCAGGCGAAAGUUAUGCAGGAGGCAGCGGAGGAGGAUCGGGAUAUGGUGGGGGUAGUGGCUGGAUGCUCUCGACCUUGAAAUUCCCUUUGAUCUUAUCGGCCGCAAUGAGCUCUGGCAACAAGUUGUACGUUGGAAACUUGAGUUGGAACACGACCGACGAGGUUCUUCGCCAAACGUUCGAAGAGUUUGGUACUGUCACCGACAGUAUUCAUAUGAAGGACCGCGAGACCGGUCGUUUCCGUGGCUUUGGCUUUGUCACCUUUAGCACCGCCGACGAGGCUCAGAAUGCUAUCGCUGGUCUGAACGAACAGGAAGUUGACGGUCGUCGCAUUCGUGUCAAUGUUGCUCAAGGAAAGCCCGAACGUGGUAACAGUGGAGGUGGCUAUGGUGGUGGAGGCUAUGGCGGUAGCUCUGGUGGAGGUUAUGAUAACGGCGGUGAGCUUUGUGUUUAG